AUGCCUCGCCAGCGGCCUACGGCCGUCCUCGAUCACAUCGCUCAUGUUACCGACGACGACGUGCUUGGGUUUCCGUUUCGGCUGCUUUUGAAGAGGAUUCGGCGCGCGAGAGGCCUGAAGGGGCUUUCCUCGUGGAUAUCGCCCGCCUGGAACGAUGGCAGCUGGAGCGGCUUGACGGGUACCUGAACGCCGACGGUUCGUUCCAGAGUAAAGCUGGGUUCGAGAACUGUCUGAGGGUCCUUGCCUGUGAGGAGAGGGCCCGCCGAGGAGAUAUCCACCCUACGGAAAGGUAUACACGACUGGCACGGUACGGACACGCUUGUCCUUCCUCGUCCUGUGUGCUUCCUGCCCUCGUUUAGUGACGGAUUCUCCCCUUCGACGGCUGAGCGGCCUCACGAGUGCUCAUCCCCUGCAGGACCAAACAGCCCCCAUCAAGAAACACGCAGUGAGACAGCGGCCGCCCAAGUGA